AUGGUAAAGGAAACAGAGUAUUACGAGAUUCUCGGCCUAGAAGCGGAAGCCACGGAGCAUGACAUCAAGCGGGCAUAUCGUCGCCUUGCGCUGAAGUAUCACCCGGACAAGAACCCCGGCGACCAGGAGGCGGCGGAAAUGUUUAAGCGGAUCGGUCAUGCAUACGAGAUUCUCAGUGACGAAGAGAAGCGGCGCAUUUACGACCAGCACGGCAAGGCUGGGCUGGAGGGUGGUAGCAUGGACGAAGGUGGCCUCGAUGCAGCUGACAUAUUCUCCAUGUUUUUUGGCGGUGGACGGCGGCCACGUGGGGAGCGGAAGCCGAGGGAUCUUGUGCAUGAAAUGCGGGUUUCGCUUGAAGACAUGUAUAACGGGAAAACAAAGAAAAUCUCCGUCACACGUGAUCGAAUCUGUGGUGCGUGUGAGGGUGGCGGCAUCAAGCCCGGGGCGGAGCGCCGCACGUGUGUUGCCUGCCGCGGUCAGGGCGUGCAGACGUUUGUGCAGGAAUUGUUUAUUGGCAUGCAUCAACGCAUGCAGCAGACGUGUCAAAGCUGCGGUGGGGAAGGUACUACAGUGCGGGAAGUGGACAUUUGUGGCCGGUGUCGCGGAUCUGGCAUCGUGAAGGAUCAGAAGAUACUCGAAGUCCACAUUGAGAAGGGCAUGAAACACCAGGACGUUGUACGGUUUGAUGGUGAAGGGAAUGAAGUAGUCGGUGUGCGUCUUAAGGGCGACGUGCUCAUCAUAUUGGCGCAAAAACCGCAUGACGUCUUCCGCCGUGUUGGUAAUCACCUCAUCAUGAAUUACACCAUCAACCUGCAGGAGGCGCUCUGUGGGUUUGAGCUCCCCGUGCAGCACCUCGACAAGCGUCUGCGGCUGAUAACGAUUCCGUGCGGGCAGGUGAUAGACCCCGGGGCGGCGUGGGUGGUACGGGGAGAGGGGAUGCCGCUUCCAAACACGGGCGGACUGGACCGCGGCAACCUCGUCAUCCACUUCGAGGUGGAAUACCCGACGCGGCUGAGCGCACAGCAGCUGAAGAGCAUCGCCAAGGCGUUGGGCGUGACGGAGUCGUUCCCGCGGGUCACUGGGCAGAAGUUGACGCUCAGCGACGUAAGCCAGCGGCAGUCGAGGCGGCGCAGCGGGUCGCAGCGAGCCAACGCCGCGGCCCGGCGGAGACAAAUGCAGAUGGCAGGCGGCAUGGAUGAGGAGGGCUUCACAGCAUUUCAUGGCGGCCAUUCGGGGGCGCAGACGGUGCAGUGUGCCCAUCAGUAA